AUGACUACCUUGGAACAGACACCACUCCCUACAGGAAUGCCCUCCUACGGCACCAUCCCUACCUCCCCUUCUCAACAGCGCAUCGAUCUCUCUAAGCCAAGGUUCGACCAGUCGACAUACUUGGGUCGUGUUAGGCACUUUGUACAGGUCACCUCGCCUCUGAACCUGUUCGUCACCAGCAAGGGCCUUGAGGAUGCCAAGAGCUUGAUCAGCGACUACAACUCUGGAAAGAUCCCUGCCAAUACUGAUUCCACCCGCCUCUGGCGCGCCAAAGAAGUAUGCGACUCGACAUUGCAUCCAGAUACAGGAAACCCCAUCUUCUUGCCCUUCAGGAUGGCCUGCUUUGUGCCCACAAACUUGCUGGUUGCCGCAGGAAUGUUGAUGCCCAACCCUACCGUCAGGUCGAUUAUGUUCUGGCAGUGGGCCAACCAGUCCGUCAACGUCGCCUUCAAUUACGCCAACGCCAACAAAACUAUUGAGAUGGACAUGAAGGAGACUGCCGUGGCGUAUAUGUCGGCAGUGACGACAUCGUGCUUUUUGGCCGUGGGGUUGAACCAGAUGGUCCCCAGGAUGACAUCCAUCUCGCCAGGUCUGCGCACAAUCUUGGGCCGCCUGGUUCCAUUCACCGCCGUCGCAGCCGCAGGAACCGUCAACGUCUUCUUGAUGCGUGGCAAGGAGAUCAGCGAGGGCAUCGACGUCUACGACAGCGAAGGAAACUCGGUCGGCAAGUCCCAAAAGGCUGGACUCUCCGCCAUCACCCAGGUCGCCAUCUCGCGUAUCUUGACCAACUUCCCUGUACUGACCAUUCCUCCUUUGGUCUUGUCGCAAUGGGAACGGACGGCGUGGUCGCAGCAGUACCCUAAGGCAGUUAUUCCUAUCAACUUGGCGGUGAUUUCGUUGUGUCUGAUGACCGCGCUGCCUUUGGCUAUUGCGGCGUUCCCUCAGUAUGCGAAUGUCGAUGUCAAGACGCUCGAGGAGCGGUUCUGGAACUUGAAGGAUUCGAAGGGCGAGCCUAUCAAGUCUUUGACCUACAACAAGGGUCUCUAG